AUGUCCCACAACACUUUGUACAGCCUCGAUGCCGAAAAGAGCGCGUUUAAUAAUUUUAAGCUACGGACUAUAUACGCCCAGCCCAGUAUAGUAGGAGGCUUGUAUGUCGUAGAACCUCGUAUGAUGUAUCCGGAAACCCAUCAACAUUUCCCAGGAAUGGUUAUUGGAAUGUCUAUAAAAAAGGCCCUGUCCCGGGGUCUCCUGGAUUUUCUUGGACGUGGGAAAUCCAUCCAGCUCAACAAUUUUCAUAGUCCUGCAGAGCCCUUGAUUCUAACCAAUCAACCCAAUAACUCUCAAAAUCAAUAUCAACCCUCUCAAUCAACCGCCACGAACGAGGCGAUCGGUAAUUACGCGCUUGAGCCAUCGGAUAGUAGCCAGACCGGCGAGGCCCCGGUAUCCUUAAAGGGACCCGUUCAGAAUACUCAUACCGAAGAGCAGGGCCCAGAGAGUGAGAAGUGCCAACCGUCCAAUAUCAUUGACGACUUGGCCGGCAUUGGUGCCUAG